UUCCAUAUGACAUUAAAAAGAAAUGGAACGGUAGGAGAAAUGAGUAAAGAUGACUGAACAGCUCAUGGAUCUUGAUUAUACUUCGAGCAGCUUUAAAAAGACUUUAAGAUAUACAUUUAUUUCGAAAGAGCAAAUGUGACUUCUCAGGAAACAACUGAAAUAUGCCACAGGUUCGAGUCCACGUUGUGUUUGUGGUUGUCACGUGUAUGUUUGGGCUAGUGAAAAGCCAGACCACCUUUACUCCUUUUGUGACUGCCAACACAGUCAGUGAGAAUGUAAGCACUACCACAAUCAUUUUGGAGAAUGUGACCACCACUGGUCCUGUUCUGUUCAGCACCACUGCACCUGGCUGCUCGGCUCUGAACACCUCCAGCUGUCAGGCCUGUGCUCCAGGCUUCUACUAUGAUAAUGAGACCUUGCUGUGUUCAUGUUGUCCGGUGCCAGGGCUGUGUAUGUUUCCUGGGGCUUGUCGUUCUUGCCCUCUGGGCUUCUAUCAGCCACUAGCAGGCCAGCAGGCAUGUCUGCCCUGCACACCAGGUUUCUACACCAACAUUACUGGAAGCCCUGUGUGUCAGGCCUGUCCUCCAGGUUCAUAUAACAAUGAAACUGGUUCCUUAUCCUGUAGAGUCUGCACACCGGGUUCUUAUACAUCCAGGCAGAAUGCUACCAUUUGUAACCCAUGUCCAGAGGGCACAUAUUGCAACUCAUCCAGUUGUGCUCAGUGUGAAAUUUGUCCUGCUGGCUCCGAAGCUUUACAGAUUGGCGCCAAAGAGUGUACCCUCUGUCGUCCAGGUAUGCACAAGCCCUCUCACCAGACAGUGUGUCAGAUCUGCAGCAGUGGUUUCUACCAGAUACACUGGGGCCAGGAAAACUGUGACAUUUGCCCUGAUAACCACUACUGCCCUAGUCCAGAUGUGAAUCCAAUCCAGUGCCCCAGUGAUGCAUUUUGUCCAAAGGGCAGCACUGCUCCAGGUUAUUGUAUGGAGACUUUCUACAGGAAGGCUGGGAAGACAUGCGAGCUUGCUCCUGUUACUAUAGCCCUAAUUGUUAUUGGAGGAGGAUUGGUUCUGCUGAUUUUUACACUCCUGGUUCUGCGAAGAAGAAAGGAUUCAGACAGUGAGCUGUCCCAGUCACGUGCCCCACUUUUGCGGAAGGAUCGACCUCCUGGUCAUUUGUAUGGCGUCCCAUGUGAUGCAGAGCCAAUGUAUGCAGGCUGGUAAUGUCCACCAACUCUAAAAGCAAAACAAGCUAAAUUUUAUGAAACUAAUGGAAAUGUCUAUGCUGUGCAAUUUAUAUACUCUGAAAAUGAUCAGAAGACAUUUUUUUACAUUUGAAGUUUUUAGCUGAUAGCAGCACGGAUUUUGUCUUUGAAUGUGCUUUCAAACAAAUCAAACCGUAUUUUUAAUUUAUGCUGUUCUUUUCAGUGUGUAGUUUUAAAACGCUUAAUUAAUGAGAGCAGGUAUUAUUUUGUGAAGUGCUGGUUUUUAUUCUGCAGCAUUGGGCACAUGGAAUUGUGACCCACUGUUCUGUAUUAUAAGCCAUUUUUUUUACAUCAAUGAAGGUAUGCGAGACUUGCUUUAGGCCACUUUUGUGAUACAGUUUACAAAAAGGUAGGAAACCACUGUUAAAGAGGUACUGUUUUGUUCCACAACAUUUGACCUUAUUGUAAAGGUGUGAUUGAAAGAAAAUGUUAUUUAGACUUUAAUUAUUGUUUGUUUUGCAGCCGACUUUAGAACAAGUACUGUUUAAGAAUAUGAUUCUGCUGGACUUGUUGAAUUGUAUUGCCUGUGUUACUGAAGAAACUGUGUAUAAUGUCAUUUAUAUAUACAUAAGUGGUCUAUUAGAACUUUUAAAAAGGCACAACUGUUAACGGUUUCAAGGCUUUUGCUGGAUGAAAAAGCUUUGAGCAAUUUUCAAAUAAAAUCUUGUAACCCUCAUGUUUUACAUUGUACGUUUUAUUC